AUGUUCGUAGAGCGCAGGCCUCCUUCUCUAGAGACAAGUUCACUACUCCAAGAGAGACCUCCUUCAUAUCACUCUACGGAUGACGUCAACAGCUUAGCUUCGCCCACAUAUUCCGAACGAGAGCCUGACCCGACGCCGGUCAACCAGUUCUCAAAAGCAGAUAAAUGCUGGAUCCUCGCAGGUUUGUGGUCAGGGGUUCUACUGGGCGCUUUUGAUGGGACCGUGGUUGCGACUUUAUUAACACCGAUUGGGAGUGAAUUCAAUGCUUCCAAUCAAUCAUCAUAUAUCGGCACAUCCUAUCUUCUGUCUGUGUGUUGUUUCACUCCAUUAUAUGGACGUCUAGCUGAUAUUCUUGGUCGCAAAGGGGCAAUGCUGCUGGCACUCUCACUUUUUGGAUCUGGUACGAUAUUUUGUGGAAUGGCUCAAUCUAUGAACGCGCUCAUUGCCGCUCGCGCUGUUGCCGGGAUGGGUGGAGGAGGAGUAAUGACAGUUUCCAGCAUUACUGUGACCGAUUUUAUUCCGCUGUACGAGCAUAGCUAUCAAUCAUCUGAGAAGACCCAUACUUACUUAGCUGCCUUGUUCUCGAAAGGCAACAACGAGGACUAUACCAAGGCAUGGCGAAUAUGCCUUGGGGGCCCUCUCGGAGGCUGGGUUAAUGACACGUUUGGAUGGCGGAGUGCAUUUUACAUGCAGGCCCCUGUGUUACUUUUCAGCUUCGUUUUAGUCGCGACCAAGGUUAAUAUCACGCUUCCAGACGCCGUACAAAAUCAAACUUUGUCUGAAAAGUUAAGGCGCAUCGACUAUCUGGGGUCUUUGACCCUGGUUGGAACUGUUGGCUGUCUUCUCCUUGGCUUCAGUUUGAAGUCGACAGAAGAGAUGCGGUGGUCUGAUCCCAUCAUCGUUGGACUUUUCUCUGCGAGCGUGAUUUUUGCAUUUCUCUUUGUAUGGGUCGAAAAGUUUUGGGCUCCAUAUCCUGUCAUGCCUUUACGUUUGAUUACACAAAGAACUCCUUUGGCUGUAUCAUUAUCCAAUCUUUUAACCAGCAUGUCUGCUUUUUCUAUGCUAUACAAUGCACCCCUUUAUUUUGCUGCCGUGAGGCUCAAUUCUGCCGCCGUCGCGGGUCUCCAUCUGCUACCACACUCUGUUGCUAUUUCUACUGGAAGUGUCUUUGCUGGCUGGAUCAUGCGAAGAACAGGAAAAUUAUAUACCCUGACCUUGGUAUCUUCAUUUAUGACCAUCGUUGCCAGUACGCUCGCCAGCUGCUGGAACGAGAAUUCUAGUGCUUUUCAUCUUUGGAUCGACCUUAUACCUCAAGGUUUCGGAAUGGCCAGUUUUAUCACGAGUACACUUAUUGCAAUGAUUGCUGGAGUGUUAAAGGAAGACAUGGCAGUCGCUACCGGAAUUACUUACCUUUUCAGAACGACUGGACAAGUACUUGGUGUCAGUUUAAGUGGUGCUAUCUUGCAAGCAGUUCUAUUGCAAAAGUUAAAAGAACGAAUUACUGGGGCAGGGGCGGCCGAGCUUAUUUAUGAUAUACGACACACUGCCGAGAUUAUACCCUUGCUGUCAGCAGAACAUCGAAAGGCUGCUGUGGAAUCAUAUGGAGACGCCUUACGCGUCGUUUUUAUCUGUCAAGCUGCUAUCAGCGGUCUAGGUUUUUUGGCUUGUCUACCUAUUCAAGAAAGCGCACUAUCGGGUCCUCGGCCUGAGGAGCAGCGCAAUGAUGAAGGGGAAAACGGGGAACGCGAUUAA